CAAUGAUACCUCACUGCAGCCUCAAACUCCUGGGUUCAAGCAUUCCUUCCGCAUCAGCCUCCUGACUAGCUGGAACUCAGGCUCAUGCCACCAGACCUGUCUAAUUUCUCUGUUUUUAGUACAGACAGUAUUUUCCUUCACUAAUUUAACUAGUAUGGUUUCCAUUGUCUACCCAGUUUUCCAUAUGCAUAAUAUAUUCACAGGAAAAUAUAAAGUUUUCAGAUUUCAUGAAUUGUUUUAAGAAAGUUUCAGUCAGUGAAAAAACUAUCAUACCAUUCUUCAAAGGAAGGGUGAAGUAGGCUGAUCGCUAUUUUGCCCAGGCUGGUCUUGAAGGGAAACAGAUUUUUUGUAGUCAUACUUACUGUUUGGCUUCUUAGUAAGUAUUAUAUAGUCAUUACUUUUUGCAGUUCAUUAGAUCAAAGUAUUAAUGUAGGUAAAGUUAACUACAUUAACUUUAGAAUAUAUGUCUACCUUAAAAAGUGAAGUCUGCUUUAAAUUUAAUCAUCUCUGGUGAAAGGGAUGGGAUGGAGCUUUGCUUUUUAUCAUAUAUUCAUCUGUACCUUUAAAGUAUUCAAGUAGACAAAUAUAAACAAUGUAAAUAAAAUAGCAAAACAAUAUAAUAUCUCAUAAAACUGCAAUGGUAAAAGCAUUUAUCCUAUUGAAAUUCUACAAUUUUUAUUUGAAAACAUUAUCAACAUGUAAUUCAAGUGGCAUUUAGAAGAAUAAUUUAAAAGCAACAACUCUCUGGAAAGCUUCUAAAAUGAUUAAGUAGUUUAAACCAAAUAAAACAAUUUCUGAGUCAGUCAUCCCCAUUAGGUCUAUUUUAGUCUCAAGAUAAAUUCAUUUCUGGUGACAACUGAAGUUCUUAGUUAUUUGUUAGUAUAUAUUGGAGUCAUUUACAAUAAAGCUUAGAGCACAGUGGGAAAUGAAAGUAUCUUUUUUUUUUUUAAGACCAAAUGUAUUGCAGAAAUGUAAGUAAUUUAAUCCAAUGCUACAAUCUGAUCAUUCUGAUCUAAUCUGAUCAUUUAAUAACACUAAAUAAAACCUUCAUCUCACAUUCUUUGGCUGUUUCUUUUAAAAUAUAGGUUUAGGGAUAAAUCAAAUAAAUUCAAAACAAAGUAAUAAGCGGAUGGUAUUUUUUUCUCGGUAAUAUAGUAGAGUAUUACAUUUAGAAGUCAUCUGUAUCUCAGUGCAGUAACUAUUUAGGACUCUAAGCGCCGCUGUUCACCUACUGGGAGAGAAAUGCAACCGAAAACACUCAGAUCUCACACCUCGCAAAGACCCGCAGAUGCCAGAAACUAACUGCUGGACUGUAGCGAAACCCCACCCUGUUUGGAGGCACUGCAGGUUUCCGGAGGAUUAUCAUCUCCAUAGCUGCGGCAAGAAACUAAAUAAGACCCACUUAUGCACCGUGAAGAUUCUGAAAGGAUUCUGCAGCAAAAUAACAAUGGCCGCUCCACAGAGUCGCCCCAGACGCGGCGAGCUGAUCCUGCUGUGCGCGCUGCUGGGGACGCUGUGGGAAACCGGGAGGGGACAGAUUCGCUACUCGGUGCCAGAAGAGACGGACAAAGGCUCCUUCGUGGGUAAUGUCUCCAAGGACCUGGGGCUGGACCCCCGGGAGCUGGCGAAGCAUGGAGUCCGUAUCGUCUCCAGAGGUAGGACGCAGCUCUUUGCUCUGAACCCGCGCAGCGGCAGCUUGGUCACCGCGGGCAGGAUAGACCGGGAGGAGCUCUGCGCUCAGAGCCCGCGGUGUCUGAUAAAUAUUAACAUCCUGGUUGAGGAUAAAGGAAAACUCUUUGGGAUAGAAAUAGAAAUAAUAGAUAUUAACGAUAAUAACCCGAAAUUCCAGGUCGAAGAUCUAGAAGUAAAAAUUAACGAAAUCGCGGUUCCUGGAGCACGUUAUCCACUACCAGAAGCUGUUGACCCGGAUGUGGGCGUGAACUCCCUCCAGAGCUACCAGCUCAACCCCAAUCACCACUUCUCCUUGGACGUGCAGACUGGAGACAAUGGAGUCAUAAACCCAGAGCUGGUGCUGCAGCGCGCCCUGGACAGGGAGGAAGAGGCUGCUCACCACCUGGUCCUCACGGCCUCAGAUGGCGGCGAGCCGCGUCGCUCCAGCACAGUGCGCAUUCAUGUGACAGUGUUGGAUACAAAUGACAACGCCCCGGUUUUUGCUCAACCGAUUUACAGAGUGAAAGUCCUUGAGAACGUGCCCCCAGGCACGCGGCUGCUUACUGUAACAGCCAGCGACCCGGAUGAGGGAAUCAACGGAAAAGUGGCAUACAAAUUCCGGAAAAUUAAUGAAAAACAAACUCCGUUAUUCCAGCUUAAUGAGAAUACUGGGGAAAUAUCAGUAGCAAAAAGUCUAGAUUAUGAAGAAUGUUCGUUUUAUGAAAUGGAAAUACAAGCUGAAGAUGUGGGGGCACUUCUGGGGAGGACCAAAUUGUUCAUUUCGGUGGAAGAUGUAAAUGACAAUAGACCAGAAGUGAUCAUUACGUCUUUGUUUAGCCCAGUGUUAGAAAAUUCUCUUCCCGGGACAGUAAUUGCGUUCUUGAGUGUGCAUGACCAAGACUCUGGAAAGAAUGGUCAAGUUGUCUGUUACACACGUGAUAAUUUACCUUUUAAAUUAGAAGAGUCAAUAGAUAAUUAUUAUAGAUUAGUGACAAGGAAAUAUUUGGACCGAGAAAAUGUCUCUAUCUACAAUAUCACAGUGAUGGCCUCAGAUCUAGGAACACCGCCUCUGUCCACUGAAACUCACAUCGCCCUGCACGUGGCAGACAUUAACGACAACCCUCCUACAUUCCCUCGUGCCUCCUACUCAGCUUAUAUCCUAGAGAACAACCUGAGAGGAGCUUCCAUCUUCUCCUUGACUGCACACGACCCCGACAGCCAGGAGAAUGCCCAGGUCACUUACUCUGUGACCGAGGACACGCUGCAAGGGGCGCCCCUAUCCUCGUACAUCUCCAUCAACUCUGACACCGGUGUCCUGUAUGCGCUGCAAUCUUUCGACUAUGAGCAGAUCCGAGACUUGCAGCUACUGGUAACAGCCAGCGACAGCGGGGACCCGCCCCUCAGCAGCAACGUGUCACUGAGCCUGUUCGUGCUGGACCAGAAUGACAACGCGCCCGAGAUCCUGUACCCCGCCCUCCCCACAGACGGUUCCACUGGCGUGGAGCUGGCGCCCCGCUCCGCAGAACCUGGCUACCUGGUGACCAAGGUGGUGGCGGUGGACAGAGACUCGGGCCAGAACGCUUGGCUGUCCUACCGCCUGCUCAAGGCCAGCGAACCGGGACUCUUCGCGGUGGGGCUGCACACGGGCGAGGUGCGCACGGCGCGAGCCCUGCUGGACAGAGACGCGCUGAAGCAGAGCCUCGUGGUGGCCGUCCAGGACCACGGCCAGCCCCCUCUCUCCGCCACUGUCACGCUCACCGUGGCCGUGGCUGACAGCAUCCCCGAAGUCCUGACCGAGUUGGGCAGUCUGAAGCCUUCGGUCGACCCGAACGAUACGAGCCUUACACACUAUCUCGUGGUGGCGGUGGCUGCCGUCUCCUGUGUCUUCCUUGCCUUUGUCGUUGUGCUUCUGGGACUCAGGCUGAGGCGCUGGCACAAGUCACGCCUGCUCCAGGGUUCCGGUGGCAGAUUGGUGGGUGUGCCUGCCUCACAUUUUGUAGGUGUUGAGGAGGUACAGGCUUUCCUGCAGACCUAUUCCCACGAAGUCUCCCUCACCGCCGACUCAAGGAAGAGUCACUUGAUCUUUCCCCAGCCCAACUACGCAGACACGCUCAUCAGUCAGGCGAGCUGUGAGAAAAAUGAUUCUUUGUUAACAUCCGUAGAUUUUCAUGAAUGUAAGAAUGAAGCUGAUCGUGGUCAGGUGAGUUUAGUUCUUUGCUUGCUUUUAAUUUCCAGAUGAAUUUUAUUUGGCAUAAAUUAUGUUUUGAAAAACAUUGUGAAGAUAGUUGAAAAUAAUUUUUAAGGUGUAUCACAGAGUUUCAGGUUUAUUUUGUUGGUGUUACUAUAAAGUUAAGCUCUAAUAGUCAUAGGUUGUUGUUUCAUUUGCUUUUAAACGACUUGGAAAAGAUUGUUGAACCAUUUUAAGCCUUCCAGUAUUUUAUUCCUAUUAUCACUCAUUCACUUAAGAAAUACCUACCCGUCCAUGCCGGUAAUUUUGCUAUUGUUUGUGUGUAUGUGUGUGUGUGUGUGUGUGUGUGUAUCCUAAACUAGAACUUAAGAAAAUUAUCAAGAAGUCUAAAGCCUCGUAUUAGCUUAGCAAAAGUAAAAUGUAUCUCAGAAUUUUUAGGGUUAUGUUUAGCAUUUGAACCUAUAACUAGGCUCUUGUAGAUUUUUUCACUUUAAACCUCUUUUCUGAGCCCUGUUUCUGUACCAGUGCCCUUCAAAACUUUAAUACUUCUUACCAUCUUUCAAAACAUGAACAAACUUUAAAGAUGGAUCUUGGUGGGAGAUGAGACUGGUUACUAAAUAUUAAGUAUGUGUGUCAGUGGUCACCUGGGCUCCAUGCCCAUGGAGACAUGAAAUCUAAAGCCUAGAAUGUCCAUUGCUCCCUCAAACAAAAAACAAAAGCUAAAACAUUAGAUCUGAAAUAAAAUGUAAUUUUAAACUAUUGAAAGUGACUUUUGUAAAAUACGAAAGAACAUAUUUCAAUACAAUUCCAAUGAGCUGUUUUGGUUGUGCAUCGACGUGAAAUGGUGAGAAUGUUGAUUUUAAGAACCAACGUUUCAGGUACACAAGUUCUAAAUAAGCUGAUCAAUUCAAUUAAGUUAUUCAGUCUUGGCUGGACACAGUGGCUCAUGUCUGAAAUCCCAGCACUUAGGGAGCCUGGAGCAGGGGAACAGCUUGAGCCCUGGGGUUUGAAACUGCAGUGAGCUAUGAUCAUGCCACUGCACUCCAGCCUAGGUGACAGAACUAGACCCUGUCUCUAAAAAAAAACU